AUCAAAUCAAAAACAAUCCUCGAGAUAAGAUUCACUGGAUUUGAACACGUCUAUAUACCCGACGUAGUAACUACGGAGCUUAACUUGGAACGCAACACACCUGAUAUUGGCAAUCUACCGUUGCUUUCGCAUCCGCUGCCCUUGACGAGUAGCCGCCUAACUUUCAGCUGCCGUCGAUUUCUACACUAAGCGAGUUUAAAGCUUUUAGCAACCGUAGUUCGGUGGUCGGAGUAACUCGCUGCAUCCGAACAAUUUUUGAAGUGAUUGCACUGUUAAUUAGUUAGAUAUGGCGAUCUCGAUACCAUCGCGUCAGUUAUUCAUAGACGGAGAAUGGAAGGAGCCUGUUAGGAAGAAUCGAAUCCCUGUCGUAAAUCCCGCCACCGAGCAGAUCAUCGGGGAUAUCCCAGCAGCUACAUCUGAAGAUGUUGAUAUUGCUGUGAAAGCAGCUCGUAAAGCUCUUAAACGCAAUGGAGGAAAAGACUGGGCAACAGCUUCUGGAGCACAUCGUGCCAAGUAUCUGCGUGCCAUUGCUGCAAAGAUAACUGAGAAAAAACCGGAAUUAGCAAAACUUGAAGCCAUUGAUAAUGGCAAACCACUUGAUGAAGCAGCAUGGGAUAUAGAUGAUGUGGCUGGAUGUUUUGAAUAUAAUGCCGAUCUUGCUGAAGCUUUGGAUGCUAAGCAAAACGCACCUAUUGAUCUUCCAAUGGAUACAUUCAAAUGUCAUGUGAUUAGGGAACCUAUUGGUGUUGUUGGGCUGAUUACUCCAUGGAAUUACCCGUUGCUGAUGGCUACAUGGAAAAUUGCACCUGCCCUGGCUGCUGGUUGUGCUGCAAUACUUAAGCCAUCAGAAUUGGCAUCUGUGACAUGCCUGGAAUUAGGUGAAAUAUGCAGGGAGGUAGGUCUUCCCCCUGGUAUUCUCAAUAUCCUAACUGGAUUAGGUCCAGAAGCAGGUGCCCCUUUGGCUUCUCACCCUGAUGUUGAUAAGAUUGCAUUUACAGGAAGCAGUGCCACAGGAAGCAAGAUUAUGACUGCAGCAGCUCAAAAUGUCAAGCCUGUUACACUUGAGCUUGGUGGAAAGAGUCCAAUAGUUGUGUUUGAUGAUGUUGACAUUGAUAAAGCUGUUGAGUGGACACUCUUUGGUUGCUUCUGGACAAAUGGGCAAAUCUGCAGUGCAACUUCUCGACUCAUAGUGCAUGAAAGUAUUGCUAAGGAGUUUUUAGAGAAGCUUGUGAAGUGGGCUAAAAAUAUCAAGAUUUCAGAUCCAUUAGAAGAAGGUUGCAGGCUUGGACCUGUUGUUAGUGGUGGACAGUAUGAGAAGAUAUUGAAGUUUGUUGAAACUGCCAAAAGCGAAGGUGCAACCAUUUCAUUUGGAGGAAAACGUCCCGAGCAUUUGAAAACCGGAUUUUUUAUCGAGCCAACAAUCAUUAGUGAUGUCACCACAUCCAUGCAAAUUUGGAGAGAGGAAGUUUUUGGACCUGUUUUAUGCGUAAAAUCAUUUAAAACAGAAGAAGAAGCAAUCGAAUUAGCAAAUGACACCCAUUAUGGUCUGGGUUCUGCUGUUAUAUCCAACGAUUUGGACCGGUGUGAUCGUGUGACAAGGGCUUUUGAGGCAGGUAUUGUUUGGGUAAACUGCUCCCAGCCUUGCUUCUCUCAAGCUCCGUGGGGUGGGAAAAAGCGUAGUGGAUUUGGUCGUGAACUAGGAGAAUGGGGACUUGAGAAUUAUUUGAGCGUAAAGCAGGUGACUCGUUAUAUUUCUGAUGAUGCUUGGGGUUGGUAUACGCCUCCAACUCCUAAGCUUUGAGAUAAAAAAAAAAAAAAAAAAAAAGCAAGGGUUUGUGAUUUUUUUUGUUCAAGUUAUGGGGUUGGAUUGUAAUAUGUAGAACUUGUUAAAGUGGGAGUUUAAUAAAAUCUUAAGUAAUGUCGGGCAAUAAAAAAUGGAUUUGCGCUUAUAUGGUGGCUUGGUGUUGAAGUAAAGAGGUCACCUUUGAUGAUAAUUGUUGUAUUCCUAACUAUUUGCAUCUUGUCUUUGGGAGAAGUAAGCGAUUGGUGUGUCUUCUUUUUA